AUGAACGCUGUCACCGGAGCAUGAUCGGUGACUUUACAACUCACACUCAGGAGAAAUCGGGACGAGCCGGCAGUUUGGUAGAACCAUAUCGAAUAUCCAUCAAGGAAAUGCUCGAUGUAAUCGCUUUGCAUUGCAAGAAAACGUUUUCUUAUCAAGAAGCUUUACCGAGAUCUAUAUAAUAAGGAUUUGUCGGGGGAGAGGGUGACGGUGCCUCGCUGCCGAGUGGGGCAGCUGACCCGGUCGCAUCGUAGGCAAAGACAGUCUCUUUGAACGUCUUUAUAAUAUCCCCUGCCUAUUUCCUCUCUAAAUUGGUUUUAUAUUUGGGGUGCUAUUCAGUGGGCUGACUCUUAAUGGCCCCGAAUUGUGUAGGAAAAAUCCCAUUUGGCUUCCCUCUUCUGCAGAGGCUUUGAAACACGUUUCCUUCUCUCGCUCGGCGCGCAGAAGACAAGGCGCUCUGUCCCCGCUCGAAUAUUGAUCCCGCAGCAAUCGCUUAUGCAGCCCUGAAGGACAGGCUAAGGGAACCUAUUUAAGCGACGUCGGAGUGUGUGGCAUGCAGUCUGUCAUAUGUUUUUUAAAUCUCAAAUACAUAUUAAUAAACAUCACCACUUGAAAGCUGAGAUUACUGCGAACACCUGGAGAAUGAAGGUUGAGAUGCUCACACGCUCGGGGUUGUGACAAUAUUGUUCUCUCAUGGUCUGGGAUGAAACAGACCGCGAUCUUAAUUAGAACAACUUGGCAGAUUUCCUUCAGGGAAAUUAUCCUUAAGGGACUAAACCCGUAAUGUUGACCUUUUUUCCCUCCUGCGAUGUUCAGAAAAUUACAUCGGAAUGGUGUUCAGACCAACAGCGAUAGGAUUCUCCGAGAAUAAAAGCUCCCAGGGAGGUGAACUCAGUUAGCUCCCGUCAAGUCCAGCAUCGGCCUCGACCUCUCUUCUGGCAGGACCUCUAGACCAGCCCCUCCACCAUGGAGAGCCUGAGCGAGUUGCAGAACCCACUCCUGGACAAAGCCAACAAGCAUGUGGUCAAGGGCGACUAUGGCUACCAAGGUGACUUUCCCAGCAACCAGUACCAGGAGAACAUCAUCAACUACUUUGUGGCCGGAGGGGGGAGCGGCGACAGGGCCAAGGCGCACCAGCUGCUGGACGCCACCUCCUUACACCUGGCAGUGGAGGCCUUCUACAGGCCCAACUUCAUCCUGUACAAGGACGACGCGGGCGUCAAGGCCAAGGAUUAUAAAAGCGAGUGCUGCGAGACCACCUUCACGGAGACUAAGGAGGCAGCCAGCGAGGGCACCACCACCACCACCGACGAUCCCCAGGCCAAGCUGCUGGGGGAGAAUGACGUGAAGAUCCAGACCGUGUCCUACGAGGUGGAGGAGGAGGAGUACCACGAGUAUGAGAGCGACUGCUCCAGCGAGAGUGAGAGCGAGGACAACUUCGUCAUGGUUCCACCACGAGACCACCUGGGCCUGGCCAUCUUCUCCAUGCUCUGCUGCUUCUGGCCCCUGGGCAUCGCCGCCUUCUACUUCUCUCAAGGGACUAGCAAGGCCAUCGCUAAGGGAGACUUCCCCCUAGCCAGCACAGCCUCCCGGCGAGCUCUCCUCCUGGCCGCUCUGUCCAUCACCAUCGGGACGGGGGUCUACGUCGGCGUGGUUGUGGCCCUCAUCGCCUAUCUGUCCAAAUCUGGCCACGUAUAGGGGAAGCCUCCGCGGGGCCCCCCCUACUGGAGCCUGGCUGACACGGAUGUGGGCUGUCAGACUCCACAGCGCCUCCCUAUUGGCCAACAUCCACCCGCCACAUCGGAUUAGCCGGGGAAAGGAAGGGAGGGGGGGUCACAGGGAGGAACGUUACUUUAACAAAAUGGAUAUAAACAUCACUCACAUCGAUCUCGACUAAACCUGCUAUUCUGCACCAAGCCCUAUCCAAGCCCUAUCCAAGCCCUAUUCUAGGCUGGUCCAAUAACGGGGGAGAGACGGGCCAAUUAGCAGAACUCCAAGGGAGUCUGCACAGACGGCGCCUGGAAGAGUGGGGGCGACGCUGCUCUGCGAUUCCCUCUGAUUCACAUAAUUAGCACUGAGUUCUGCUUGGAGGAAAUUGGAGGCUAACCGCUAAUGGAUCCUCUUAAUUCAUAAACACAAACAUAUCCUGGAGGCCUAAGAGGGAAAAAAAAAACUACUUAUCCCUCUGUUUUCCGGGGCUAAAAGAGCCGAUAUGUUCUUUUUUUUAAAAGAAUCCAUGACAUACAGAUGGUGUGUUAGCAUCGAAACUGUUCCAUCUGGAAAUUUCUCGUGUUUGCCCAAGUGUUUUUACAGGCAUCAAGGCCCACUUUGAUCUUUAAAAAGGUACCAGACGAGUGGCUGAGAACGGAGGCCCUGAACGCCAGGCGAGAGAAUCGACAGGAGGACUGAAAUAAAACCGUGACUCAGAAGAGAAAGAGGAAAAAGCCAAGGGCCGCCGUGGAAAGGAAGCAAAAAAUGCUCCCCAUUGUGUUAUUCCCUUCGGAAUAAAUGAAUCUGGCAUGAGUGAGAAUUCUCUCCUUUCUGCUGCAGUUGCUGCAGAGCCAUGAGGCACAGAAGUGGAGGUGGAAUACUGCUGGAUGUUAGGGACAGUACAGUACAGCCAGGUGUCUAAGGGAAGUCUGAAGGUCCGGUCCUUCUCGGAUUCAGGGACUCCCUCAAUCUGUUUCUCCUGCUGCCUCGUGCUUCCAGCUGAGUGUCGCCCGAAGCUCGGUGGGAGCUGGACCGUUGCCUUCAGACGAUUGAUUGAUGGAGCACAUCAGGUACCGGAGAAAGACGAUGACGUCUGAAUGAAAAGAGGCGACUCUUGUUCUGGAACCUGUGGGACUUCAAAGUCCAUGUCCCUGUCAUUCUCUCCUUGGGGUCUACUCAACAUACCUGCUAUAACAGCAGACAACCCUGAUAUAUCACCGUAGAGGCUCCUACAUUGAUUUCUUUGAAAGAUCUCAAUCUCAGCCUGUGUCUACCCUGUCAAGACGACUACUUUCAGCUGGCAGUUACUCUACCUGAAAAUGCUAUUUAAUCAAAAGAUGAGCUGCAGUCCUGGUUGUACCUUGGACCUUGAGUUAUGACCCUGGGAAGCAAUUCCAUAAAGAAGGAACAGUGUCUAUUAAUUGAUAUUCAGGGCAAAAGUUGAUGUCUCCUGGAGAGGAACGCUGCAGCAACUAGGCUAGACAUAGCUUUGUGCUCUGAAGACUGCAGCCCAGACAAAACAAAUGAAUCACUGUGCUGGUGCAUUUGUUAUCUAACACACGGAAUGCAGACCACCUCAUUCCCAUCAGUCAACAGUGCAGAAUCCUAGAGUGCUCUGAAAGGCUUUUGGGUGACUCAGAAUUCACCACCUUAGCUAAAAUAAAAAAAAACAUAAUCCUCAACAGGAAACAGGUGGUGUGAAGCUAGGGCAGCAGCAGUGAAAAUGAAAGGAGCAUGCGACGAUUCUCAAACAGUGCGGAACAAAAAUCUUCCGGAAAAUGAAAUGUCUAAUUUAAUGGCAGUGACUGUGUACUAGGGGCGGCAUGGUGGCACAGUGGUUAGCACUGUUGCCUCACACCUCUGGGACCCUGGGUCACAUGUGUGUGGAGUUUGCAUGUUCUCCCCAUGUCGUUGUGGGGUUUCCUCCGGGUACUCCGGUUUCCCCCCACAGUCCAAAAACAUGCUGAGGCUAAUUGGCGUCGCUAAAUUGCCCAUAGGAGUGCAUGUGUUUGUGAAUGGUGUGUGAGUGUGCCCUGCGAUGGGCUGGCCCCCCAUCCUGGGUUGUUCCCUGCCUCGUGCCCAUUGAUUCUGGGAUAGGCUCCGGACCCCCCGCGACCCAGUAGGAUAAGCGAUUUGGAAAAUGGAUGGAUGGAUGAAUAUGAACUAAAAUUCGAUAUGAUUCUGCUGGCCCUGAAAAUGUUUAUUCUCCAGGACAAGACCGGCAGCUGGAGCAAAAACGCCAAAAAAAUUAGAACAGGAGCAGAAAACAGUAACAGUGAAGUAAGAAACCUUUGGCCCUUUAAAACUUUUUGACCAGACAGCAUAUGUUUACUGAGACCGUGAACGCAUUAGCCUUAUGGAAAUUAAGUUAAUGCUUGUGAGAAAAAAAAAAUGUAACAGGUGGUAAAAUAAUUGAUGCUGGGGAAAGAGAGACACAGACGGACGAGUUUGGUGGCAUUAAUGUAAGCUGGGAGAGGAUGAGAGCUCCACAAGCCUGAACUUGAACUAAUCGGAACACCUGUCUGGAUGUGCAGCUCCUCAACCAGGAGGACACUGAUCAGGCAGCCCAUAUGAGGAGCCUGAGAUUCCUGGGUGCAUCAUGGAGCGUAGGAGAUCUGGGCUUUGCGUGGUUCACCGUUGGCAUUGCGAUACAUGCCUAAUGAGUCCCACAAUCAGAGGGGCUCAAACUGGAGGUCAAGCACUGCACUGGUGUUGUGUCCCAGCUGAAGAUAUAAGCUCAUAGACCGUUGUGACCUUGGUUUGACAGCUGUCAUCAAGAAGUAGCAGCUGUCACCAUAGCAACUUCCAUAUGUGAGCAAGAACGACAGCUUUGAGAUUUGGACAACAGCAUGAUCACCAGGAUGGAUCCAGCACUGCACACAGUGACAGCAGAGGCCCUGAGGUGGAUUUUGAGGCCCGUCUUUCUAUAUGACCUGAUUUGAUGUCUUGGCAGGCAGUGUAAAUACACACAUAUCUUCACACCGGUGAGACCAUCGCUUCAACAUCCAGGUGUGCAAAAUCGAGAAGAAGGCAGAUGCUUUGCUUCAGGCAGGCCUUCAGUGAACCAGUGCUUCAUCGAGACUUAACUUCCCCCACCAUCCAGUCUUGGCCUUGUUCAGCUACUGGCCCCGUUUGACCGGUCAUGUUCCUAUGGAAACCGUCUCUGUGCUGAGCACCAGUGUUAACUUUGAACCUGGUGACUGAAAAAUAUCUGAAAAAAACAGUGUAGAGCAUUAAUGAGCUGCUCUGUAAAUACAGUACCACUAAGUGUAUUCUGCUGUUUGAACGCGUGGAGGUUGUUUAUCAGCGCUUUGUACCGUCUUAUCACAUACACAUUACCAUGUGUCACUAAGGAAAAAGACACCUGUACAUAUCGGAGAGAGCACAUAUUGUAAUUAUACAAAGCAUUUUUUAAUUUCAGCUUCCCUGUGGAUGUAUUCCUAAUGAUGUUAAUACAAAUGUAUAUCUCUCUGAUGGACUGCCUAACGUUGCCAUGGGGAUAAAUGUAAAUUGUUUUAAUGAAAAUAUUUCCUUAUUAAAAUGUAAUAUCCUUCUCUGGAUUUGCACACUCAUCUGGCAGUGCAAAUUCCAUGCCCAAGAGUCCAAAAGUGCCACUAGGGGGAGUACAUACAGCUUGAUUACAAAGAGCCAAUUAGAUGGCGCUUGAACUGGUGCUCCUCCAAUCACAUGGGCCGAUUUUGGUGGGUCAUUUCGGCUGGCCCUCCGUGGGUUGUCAGAGGGCCUUCUGCCGAGCUCUGUGGCAGAUGGUGCGACUGUGUUCAUAUCUGUUGUUUGGAAAUAAAAGGUGCAAACAAAACGUGA